GGGUAUCUGACCAACUGGAAAACCACAACGACUGGAUGAUUUUGAUUGUUAGUCAUUGACACAUCUGUCAUUUCCAAACUAUAUUACCUGAAAUAUAGAAGAGAGAGAGAUAGUCAUGAUGACAAUGGAAGUCACGGCAACCUAACCAUUCAAGCAUGGAGUCUGCCGACCACUACACAGAGGGUUAUGAAUCAGAUUCAAGUGAGGCAGGAGAUCUCGGCCUUGGUCUAGGAUUAAGGCCAGGUGGUAUUCCAGUUGAUGUCGUACCUGAUAGAUUGUACUGUGUCCCUAAUGUUUAUCCAAAGGUCAUGAAUGACUUUGUCGCAUCUACGGAGGACGAUCCUGAUAUCAAUCCAGCCUUGACUGAAGAAAAGGUGUCAUCACACUUUAAGAAAUGGUUUCGUAAAACGAAACGGGAUUUGAAAUCUAACAAUUGUUCAAGUGAUUCUGAUGACAGUGACUUAGCAAGCACUCACAAAAGUCAAAGUGGGAAUGAUGACAAUCUGUCUGGUGAGAGUUCCCCAAAGGCACCCGGUGCAGAUGAAAAAAUAGAUGCAUUGGAACAGGUUCUAGCAGAAAAUAAACGUUUAGAGUCGGAGCUUGACAAAUGCCAAAAACAACUUCAGGCCAAAAACAGAGCAAUUGAUAUGUUACAAAAGAAGAUUUCACAGAGCCAAACAGAACACAAUGAAUACCAAACACGAAUAAAAUCAGUAGAGACGCAACUGGCAAAAGAAGUUAACAGCCUGCAGUUUGAUGUAGAGUACCAGAAAAGUUUAUUUCAGGACAGCCAAUCAACCUGGAAUGAAAGGUUUGAGAAACUUUGCCAAGAAAAUUCUUCAUUGACUGAGAAAAUCAAUGCAAAAGUAGGAGAACUAAAGAAAGUGGAGCGAAACAAUGCAGUUUUAAAGGAUCAACGAGAUGAACUGUUAGAACUUUUGACUGUGCAAGACCAGCAAAAAUUCCAACGUAAUCACGAACAAUCUACUCCUACUGGACGAAACGCUAUGUCUACAGCUGCAGAGAUGGUCACAUUGGGGGCUUGUGUGUGUCACGUGGUACAAGAUCCAUGUAAAUGUGCAAUGACUGCUGCAGACCUCAAGAAACAGUUGAUCACUGUAAAGGAAGAGAAUUUGAAUUUGAAAAAGCUCCGAGAGGAAAGUCUAAACACUGUUGAUGCCUACAGAAGUGCAUUUGAUGAUCAACUGAAUACCAACAAAAUGCUCAUAACGGAAGUGGCAGAUCUGGCAAUAAUGCCUCAACCCUCCCGCGUAGAGAAGGCGAAGAACGUACUUACUUGGAUAAUAAAGCAACUAAAUGAAGAAGAACCUCCCCCUAAACUACCUGAGGCCUGGAAAGCUUGGAAGGAAAAAAUGUCAACCUCAAAGGAGGAGAACAGCGUUCCAAAUAAGAAACCAACUAUUAAAGAGAUUGUGCCCUUUUCUGGUAUUGAAAUAUCAAUAGAGGGUAUAUCAGUGAGCUGUCAUGGCGAGCGGGAACUGAUUCAAACGAUGCUUCAACUAGUCCAUGAUAAAACUGAAGCACUUGCACAUUCCAAGAUUAAUACUAAACUAUUUGCCAGCCGAGUAAAAGAACUGGAAGACAUAGUUUCACAAUACAAACAUAUUGAUGAAGAAAGGGCACAUCGUCUUUUGAAACAAGUCGAAUACUAACUGCAAAUAAAUACUGGUUAACUAUCCAACUUUCAAUAAAGGAUUAAAUGUUAUUUUCUUUGGGUGUUGAACAACUGUACAUCAUUUAGGGGAGUUUGGUUGAAUAACAGUGGCAAAUAUUUCCCAAUGUUCAUGACUGAAUCACAACACAACUUGGAUAGUAUUAAGCGUUGAAGUUAGAGUAGAGAUAGUUGUCGCCCCCUUGGUACUGCCUUUAUAUGGGGGGAGUAAUGUGACCCGGGUUAAUAAUCUGUUUUGCAAUUGUAAUGGGACGUUUAAUUUAAGGUUUGAACAUUUUCAGUUUUGACACGAAUAGGCUAAUCAGUGAUAAAUUAAUACAUAACGUAUACUCAUCAAUAAAAU